UGAUUUUUAAAUGUUAUGGAGAUACCACAUUCAACUCCAAAAUAAAUGCAUUUUCAGUAUUGAUGGGCCUUGGACGUUGUUUUACUUGUCUAGAAAGAAGAGAGCUACUAGUACUUAUUUCAUAAUGUAGUACAACUGUACUUGGAGUAACAGUUUUUGCCUUCUUUUUGUAUCAUGCAGGACACAAAGAGCAUCAUGGGUGAAAAGCUGCCAUGUUUGCUGUUAUGCCUUCCCAUCAUCCUGCGGGUGUGUGGAUCAACAGAAGCUUCCUGCCACCUGGUUGGUUUAACUGCUGACUGCACCAACCAGGGCCUGACCAGCGUUCCUCAGAACCUCCCCACAAACAUCACUAGGUCCAACUUGCAGCACAACCUGAUCACAACACUAAAUCAGUCUGACUUCUCCCAGUACAGGAGCUGGACAACUCUUGAUCUAGGGAACAACAGCAUUUCCACUGUCAAUAGCCAAGCGUUCUACUACCUGUCAAGUUUGACCUUCUUGGAUCUUUUAGGGAAUGACCUAACAAACCUCCUGUCUGACAUGUUUACAGGACUGGGAAACCUGCAAACACUUUACCUUGAUGAUAAUGAAAUCAGCAACAUUCAGGCUGGAACUUUUAAUGCGACAUCUCAACUGAAAACCUUGGCUUUACAUCAUAACAAGUUAACAAACCUCAGAUCUGACAUGUUCACAGGGCUAGGAAAUUUGAAGCAACUUUUCCUGUACAAUAAUGAGAUCAGCGACAUUCAGGCUGGAACUUUUACUCCAACCACUCAACUGACAACAUUGAGCCUGGAUUAUAACAACCUAACAAACCUCAGAUCUGACAUGUUUACAGGGAUGGGGAACUUGACAACCUUGGGUUUGCAUCAUAACCAGUUAACAAAUCUGACGUCUGAUAUGUUUAUGGGGCUGGAAAACUUGCUGACCCUUUACUUAUACAAUAAUGAGAUCAUCGACAUUCAGGCUGGAACCUUUAAUUCAACACCUCACCUGAAAACCUUGGGUUUGCAUCAUAACAAGUUAACAAACCUCAGAUCUGACAUGUUUAUGGGGUUAGGAAACUUGGAGAAACUUUACCUGUACAAUAAUGAGAUCAGCAACAUUCAGGCUCAAACUUUCACUCCAACAUCACAACUCACAGUCCUGUCUCUCCAUAAUAACAAGUUAACAAGCCUUAAUUCUACCAUCUUCCAAGGGUUAGAAAACUUAGAGCAACUGUACCUGUACAAUAAUGAGAUCAGCAACAUUAAAGCUGGAACUUUCACUCCAACAUCAACUCUAAGCAACUUGAACCUGGAUCAUAACAAGUUAACAAGGCUUGGACCCGGCAUGUUCACAGGUUUAGAAAACUUGCAGAAGCUUUUCCUAGACAAUAAUGAGAUCAAUGACAUUCAGGCUGGAACUUUUGGUCCAACAUCAAGCCUAAGGAGCCUGAACCUGUAUCAUAACAGAUUAACAAGGCUCGGACCUGGCAUGUUCACAGGGUUAGGCAACUUGCAGAAGCUUUUCCUGGACAAUAAUGAGAUCAGCGACAUUCAGACUGGAACUUUUGGUCCAACAUCAAACCUCAAGAGCUUAACACUUUAUCAGAAUAGACUGACACUCUUUAAAGCAGAGAUAUUUCCAACAGUAUCUGAGCUUCAGCUUCAGAACAACCAAAUAGAAAGUCUAUCCUCAACAGCCUACGACAAGCUGUCCUCUAUCUCUACUGUAUACAUUGACAAUAACCCCUGGCAGUGUGACUGUAGGAUGCUUCCCUUCAGGCAAAAGAUGAUGGGGUCUCGGGCAUUUGAAAACCAAAUAAAGUGCAAAGGACCUAGCAACUUUUAUGGACAAAAUCUUGUUGACAUCAAUCCUGAAGACCUUACAAGUGUCUGUACAGAGCCAAAGAUCAUGAGGUUUGGGAGGAGUGACAAUAACACAGUAGUACAGGGAGAGACUCUUCACUUGAUCUGUGAAGCUUCAGGAAUCCCUACGCCAGACAUAACAGUCAUUCUCCCAUCUGGACUGAAUGCAACUGUUGAGUCAGAUGGGAGGGUGACUAUGGAUAUGAAUGGUACCAUCACCAUAACCAAUGUUACUGCAGCAGAUGCUGGUCUGUAUGUCUGUACUGCAACAAGUCACGUGGGCUCCUCAUCUGCCAGGCUGUCUGUAGAUGUCCAACUGAACGUGGUACCCACAGCUGUCACAAAUACAAGUUAUACUACAAAUACAACUCUGCCACCCCCUUCAAAGAAACUGGAGCCUACUUCUCACACCUUCUCCCUGCCUGUUCUCAUUGGCUCUGUCUGUGGUGCAGUCCUUGCCACUGCCCUGCUUGUUGCCAUUGUUCCUACCAUCUGGCUCAAGAAGAGGUCCCAAACUCCUCAUUCCGGCUCAUACUCAAGAGUAUUUUUCAAAAACAAAAACACAGGAGGCACUGUUGUACUCCACAGUCAUGAUGAAGAAGAGGAGUAUGAAAGACCAUAUACAGGCAGAGGCCACAGAGACAACCCUGCUUUUGACAUGUUAGAAGAAGAUGACUAUGAGGUUAUCCCUCCCUCCCCUCCGCCUAGAAAUAUUCCGGGUCUCCCGGGUGAUCAGCAGUGUGGGUCAGCAGCUACACACACUGCUGAUAGCUGUAACCCACAGGAGCCCAUAUAUGAGAAUGAAUACGAGGCUGUAAAAGACGAUGUUCACUAUGAAAACAGCCACGUGAAGGCAGCAGCCGCUAAAGAUGCUGAGGAAGAUAUACGGGUAAUCGUGGAGGAUUACGACGGCCAUGACUACCUGUCUUUUACGACAACCAAGAAAUCUGAUCCUUAGUCCUGCAAAAAUGAAAACAGCCACAUGACUGCAGCUUCUAACGAUGCUGAAGCAGGUCUAUAAUGGCAGGUUACAUGUCUUUUCCUGCAAUGGAAAAAGACAUGCCAUAGCCCUGCAGAGAUAAGAACAGCCAGGUGCUAGCUCGUGCUAAAGAUACUAGAGCAGCUGCACAGGUUUUUAUUUAUGACUAUGAGAAGGAUGAUGAGUCAGAAUCUGAAAUAGAAGGACCACAGUUCCACAAAGAUGAGAACAACCAGGUGAAAGUUGUUGAGUCACUUCCACAGGUUCUUAUUUUGUAAAAGGCAAGAGAUUAUGAAGGAAUUCUGCAUCUGUCAACAUAAACCUAAGGGGUAUGAAGGUGCAGAUAGUUCUCUACUCUGGAUUAAUCAUGUAUUCUACCUUUGGGACAUUCCUGUCUUUGAUUUAUGUUGGCUAGCUGACAUAACUGCCAUGUGGCACUAAUUCUUCCACAUCCGCUAUGCAAGCACAAGUCAACAGCUGGUUAUAGCAAUAACUAUUUGAGUACAUGUAUAAUGUAUAAUUUGUCAGCCCUGUGCCCUGCUUAUGCAAAGCUAUGAAGUGUUUAAUCUAUUCAAAUUAAAAGGGACUCUCAAAUUAAAAGACCAUCUCUGAUGACAGCAUAUCUUGUACUCUACAGUGGUCUCCUGGCUUAUAAUACUUUUAUCUCUAGUGGCAGUCUACUUAUCUUAUAUCCUGAUCUAAGUUAUCUUUCUGUGCAAGCUCGUCUGACAACCAUUUAUGGUACUGAGUGGAUAGAAGGCCAUGAAAACUUGCUGACGUUAUGUUUUAUGAAACUUAAAAGACUGUACAAUUCAGAAUUUCUUCAUAUUGUAUGUGUAGAGAUUAAGUUGUGUUGUUUUCAAGAUAUCUUUCUUCAUUAGUUUUUAACCAUGGAUCCCACACUGCAUUUAACUUUUUAAGAUUGUACGUUAGUUAGUGCUGCUGAAAGUGCUAAAUAAAAUGCUUCAAAUAUCAAAAAGAACAGAGUCUAGACUCUAAUUGUAUCUUUGCUAUCAUCUAAAAGGUUUCUCUAGUAAGAUCUAAUUAUGUCCGAUGGUAAUCUAAUUGUGCUGUACCUAGCAACCUUGUCAGAAGUAAUAAAUCAUGGGUAGAUGAAUAAUUGCCUACUUCAGUGAAACAUUGUAUAUUUUGAGUUUAGUUUUAACAAAAUCGACAAAUCUUAAACUAUGUGCAUAUAGAAAAAAACUGCGAC